AUGAAGUUGAAAAUAACUUCAAUUAUCUUAUUGGUUAUAGGGAGAUGCGUCCUUGCCAACGAAUUCGAAUUACUUGAAGCAUGCACUUCAUUGGACGAUCCCAAUUGUGUUGCAGAAGCUCAAGGUAUACAUAAGCCUACACAGCAAUUCCUAGCUGGUGGACAAGAAAAUAUUCAAGUUUCAGCAGAUCCCCCAAUUGUUCAAUAUUAUGAUUCAGGACUUAAAUUCUCGAUCCGCAAGAGGUUUGAUAACCCGUCGAUCCUGUCGACAUUUGAGGUAUUGUACGGCAGAGCAGAAGUGGAAUUAAAGGCUUCGCAUGGGUCGGGAAUAAUCUCAUCGUUCUAUCUACAGAGCAAGAACUUGGAUGAAAUUGACGUAGCCGAAACGUUUGGUAGCAACCCCUAUGCUUUCCAAACUAAUUUUUUUAUCAGAGGAAAUACAUCCACGCAUGACAGAGGUGGAUACCACGAAAUGGAUGUUCCUCCUAUGGACGAGUUCCAUAAAUAUGGUAUUGAAUGGACAGAAGAAAAGAUUGUAUGGCUGCUUGACGGAGAUGUUAUUAGAGUUGUGACGAACGACCACCCUCAAGGAUUCCCGCAUGCACCUAUGUAUAUCAAGUUUAGUUUAUGGGCUGGAGGCGAUGAAUUAAACGAGCCAGGAACAAUUGAGUGGUCUGGAGGUGACACUAAUUAUGAAGAGCUACCAUACUCUAUGUUAAUCAGGAAUCUUCAUGUUGUUGACUACUCAACUGGCUUCCAACACAGGUAUGGAGACAGCUUCGAUGAUUGGAUCACGAAUGAGAAUUCAGAUAAGAAAUGGCCUCCCAAGAACAAGUUUGAAAUAACAGAAAAUGCUUUUAGAGACUUUGAUACAAGCAUUCGUACGAAGAACGAUAAAAACUCUAAAUACGAACGAACUCCUAAAGAAAAAACUACACCGUCCGAAGUUAAGCCAAAUAUUGUUAGCAGCGAAAAAACUCCCCCGGCGAUGCCCUCCGACACAAACAUUGCAGAAGUUUUUCAAAACAACACUAUUGCAGCAGCCAUUCUGGGUGUUUCGAAUACCAACCGAUGGAUGACUAUGUUAGAGGCCAUAGCUGUCGAAAUUUUAGUUAUAAUUCUAGUACUUUAA